GAGGAUGCAACAGUCUGAUAAAUUAUCGGUGAAACUUGAGAUUGCUAAAGGAAAACCUGCGAUCAGUUUUGGACCAAAGAUGCGAAAGUCGGCUUCUGAGUUUCCAAGAAGAUCAGACGAUGUGAUCGCGCAAGCAGUUCCCCAAUCUCAAGACUUGUGUUUGGAACCACGACCAAGUCUGGGGCAGAAAAGAAUAAAAGUUUCCUCAUUCCCCAUUGACUUCCGAG